AUGUUUAAGUUUGUCCCCACAAAGGGGAAAAAACCAGGCUCUCGCGGGGAUGUCGCACAACUCGGCAACGAAGUCCCACACACUCAACGCGAGGGAAGUCCGGGCGGUCGUGGCGGCGGUAGCGCCGAUGACGAUGACGGCCUCUACUCUCACACCUCAGAGAGCCCCAAGGAUCACGAGCGUGUGAGGGCGGCCGCACAGCCCGCCGCAUCACAAGGUGGUGCAGCAGCAGCAGCAGCAGCGGCAAAAACAACAGCUGUAACAGCAAUACCUGCUCGCAGCGGCAACGGCAAAGGCAGCGACAAGCGCGACGCCGGUAGCAAAAAUAGGAACGUGUCAACGGGGAAUCCCGCGGCUCGUGCGAUGGAAAAUUCUGCUGGAAUCCUCCCCUCCAUUGACGGCAGAGUGGCACUCGUUGGCUUUAUGGCCUUCAGUGCGGUAAACUGCUUCUUCAUGAUUCUUGCGACGGCACUUUCGCAGCUAGACGUGCUUGGUGGUGGCUGUUACACCUACUGGGGGUAUAAAGAAAACUGUGACACAGUUAGCUACUCUAACCGUACGGUACUCUUGACAUGUAAAGCGACAAAGAAACGGUUGCAGGCGGGUGCCGCAUUUUCUAUCUUCGCUAUUCUUUUAAUGACCACUCUAUUAUACCUGAUCUUCAACGCGUUUAUGAGUUACCGCGCGGAGUCACGGAAAAAUCGGUACUCCGAAGUCCAUGUUGUGGAAGGAGGGCAGCGCAAUCAACAACACGGACAACAACAGCAGCGUGAGACAGCCGUGCCCCUCGUUUCCAAGUGGCACAUCGUUGGAGUGGCGGCUGUGGCCUUACUGUGUGAGAUGAUCUGCUGGACGAUGUCAGCCAGCAUCUACGCCUCCCGCUACUGCGAGGACAAGACGCUGCCGCGCACCACAACGUACGGCGUGGGCUUCGGCCUGCUGCUGACUGGCUGGACCGCGGAGGUCGCUGCGCUGGUGGUGUUCGUGCUCGCUGUCUGA